CGUUUGUUUUCUUUUUUUUUUCACAACUUCUGAAAUUUACCACAACAAAAAUAAUUUAAGUUACAGCUGAUUAUACUAAACUGCAUGGCAUGCAUACUUUUUUUCUGGUUACAGACUUCAGACUGUUAGCUUUGGCUGGAAAUUCGUUGUGUAGUAAUUGAUGAAAUCAAUCAAAUCUUUGUAGUAAGCCGAACUGGUGUUGGAUUCAACGAAAUGAGUUGACUUCCGAGUAUCGUGUCGAACGGUAAACAUCUGCCCUCCGUGAUGGUUUUCUUGGUCUGUUGAGUGUUUAUCCAACCAUGAAUUCGGAACAGAGCGUGAAAGCCCCCUUCAGUCGUCCCAGCCUGCCCCUCUCCGCGACUCCACAGAUUUCUCUGUCGCGUCGGCGCUCCUCCACCAAAGACCAUGACAAACUGCCCUUCGCAUCACCCAAUGCGUCGGGGGAGAAGGAAUACGGCGGCCCCAACCCCUCGGACCCUUACGCUCUUCAAGAGACCCUGCGCGCCCUCGCCCCGGAGACCUCCGACACCGCCGAAGUGUACUGGCUGCCCAUCGCUGUGGCGCAACUGGGCAUGCGCGCCGCCAAUGUGCCCCGGAUGGGCUUGCAUCCCCACCAGCGUGUGGGGGGCAGCGGGGAGAGCGAGGGCACGGUGGAUCGGAAACGCGCGCUGCCCAGUGCAUGGCAUCAUGCGGCCAAGACGGAGGAGAAGCUGUAUGAUUUGCAGUUCCAGUCCAAGAACGCGUCGGUGAUGGAGGAUGCGGUGGACGCCGGGGGGAAGAUGGGGGGCGCCUUCGAGUGGGAAGAGGAUGACGAGGAUCUGCAGGAGUUGUUGGAUGAUUUGAAGGUGGUGGGAUUUAAUCGUAAUUUUCGACGGGGAAAGGAGAGACGGUCCAAGCGGUUCACCAGUGCACUGGAGCAGGAGAUUGCUGAGCGGAAUCAGCAUUUGCGGACACGAAUGGAGCAGAUGAAUGCCCGUGUGAAGCGUUUUGAGAAAGGUUUCGAAGCACUGGACUCGUUGGCUGUUCGAAUGGAUACGCUAGCAGAAUCUUCCAAGUUGCGGGUGCAGUUUCUAGAACAGUGUCUUGUUCCGUUAUACAAUGAAUCUGCCCGUCAUCAAAUAUGCAAAAACAAUGCGGAGCGGGCUAUCGAAGCCAUUGACGCUGCUUUGUAUCAUUAUAAAGUUCCGGAGCAGUUAUCGGCCGUGAUUCAAGCUGGUCCCGUAAAAAAUUUGCCAGCCUAUUGUGCUGCACUGGAGAAAGUCAAAGCAUCAGCCGAUUUUUUUGCCGAUUUCAACACGUCAACGCCUGAAUACGAGCAAGUGUCGGGUUUAUACAGAACUGGCCGUGAGAAUUUAAUCAAAGAAUUCCGUGAACUGCUGCGCAUGCACAGCAAGCCCGUUCCGGCCGUAAUGAUCAAAGACGCCAUCGUUCUUAAUCUUCGUGAUCCCAGUGUUAGCCAUGAAUUGGCCCACUUCGCCGAGUCUGCUCAUAAUGAUUUGAAGUUAGUGACGCAGUGGUUCCUGAAAACCAACGAUCAGUAUGACUUCAUGGAGGUGUAUGCCAAUUUCCGUUCCGGAACGAUGAUCGAUGCGCUCGAACAAUUUCGUACAUUCUACAAGGAUAACCUGUCGUCCAAUGAGUUGGGUGGUGAUCUGGACGUGGAUCGAAAAAGUCUAAAUAUUUCCAUGGGAAAGACGUCCGGCCACUCGGGUGACGCUCAGUCGCGGAUCGGUUAUGACGAUGAUUCGCGCAGUUUGGCCACUGUUGGAGACGAUUCACAUAAUCCGCGCACGGGGACACUGAAGCGGGCUAUGAAAAGCACACCCCGAAAGAAGGCGGCGCAGGCUGGGACUGGCACGGCGUCGCUUUUCCGCAAGUUCAGAAAGCUCAAACCAAAUUCCGCCAAGAAAGCUACUGGGGUGCAUGUUGGGAUUGAUGAAGAAACGUAUCAACAAGUGGAAGUGUAUAUGGCACUGGUGUCGGCAUUUCUCAAACUUGUUGAGAGCGAAGUAAGUUUAAUGUACGGCAUUAUACCCAUUGAGCAUAUGCGGGAAGUUUUCGAUCGGAUUAUUAAACAGCCUAUGGAAAGGUUCGAGAAGAUGGGCAAGGAUUUAGCUGGAAAAAUUAUGCACCAUGUUCAAAACGGAGACUUUUCUGCCGUUCUUCUUUUGCUGCAAAUUUUGGAACAUUUCCAAGAUUUGCAGCCGUUAUUUAAUGGAGCUUUGGAGGGAUGCACACAGCAGACGCAGCACAACUGGAUCAAUGUUCAUCUGGUUUUCCGCUCAGCGGUUAUUCGAACUAUGGAUGGGUUUUUAGCAUCUAUUAAGCAAAGCAACGAUCGGGGACUUCCGCCAGAUGGCAGCAUUCAUGAGUUGACUACAAAUACGAUUGCGUUUUUGUCUAAUCUGGUGGAUUAUCGCCCAUUAUUCGACGCCUUGACCGCCGACGAAGGUGCAAAAAAGGAUGGGAAAGCCGCUGCCAGUGCCGUCGCUAAUGCUCCAUAUGCUAAACAAGGCGCCUUCCAUAUCAGUCACAAUUUUCCGCAGUAUCUUAAUUUCGUUGUGACGCACUUGCUGGCUAAUUUAACCGUGCGCUCGGAGAAUUACAGCGAUUACACAUUAAAAGCCAUUUUCCUGUUAAACAAUACAACAUACAUGUACAACUACUUGAAACAAGCUGGAAUAAUUGAGGUUAUGAAGGAGGAUAACCCCAAUAUUGAUAAACUUAUUGGCGGACGCACUGUUGAGCAGCGCAAAGCAUAUAUGGAAUGCUGGAAUGUGCUUUCUCGUUUACUUACCGAGGCCAUUGGAGAUGCUGGCCUGCUGCGCACGCCCGCUGCUAACGACUUGUCGCUGAAGCAUUCUACCACCAGUGAUUACAACAUUAAGUUGAAACCCAAAGAUCGAGAUGCCAUUAAGGAGCGAUGCACGGCUAUUAUUAAAGAGCUUCAGCAACAAGCCGCAAAACAGGAGAAAUACAGCGUGCCGGAUACCAAUCUUCGUCUAAGCUUACAGCAACAAAACCGGGAUACAAUUUUAUCGUUAUAUACCACGUAUCGUGAAAGAUACAGCCACAUUCCUUUCACGACUCAUCAUGAGAAGUACCUGCCCUACACCGCUGCCCAAGUGUCCAAUAUGUUGGAACACUUUUUCAGCCAGGAUGCAUUUUCAUCCGCUUUACACAGUGCCAGUCAGACCUUCCGAAUCGAUGACGCGUAAUUUUACGAUCUUUUUGCUUUAUACUUUGUACUUGCGCUGCACAUGCCGCCCGGUGUGUUUUAGUAUUUAUUACUAAGAUUCGUUUGCCUUGACUUCUUUAGCCAUGAACAUACAAGUUUUCUUAGAAUGUUUAAGUUUUUCAUUGGUUCCUUGACAAUUCUGUGAUGCUUACGAAAACCCGAACCGUUUUCUUUCCCGAACCAUUUCGAGUUUGUGGUGUAGUGAUAGAAAAUUAAAGAUGCCUACGCAGA